CCAUCUGGCUCAAGCGCGAAACGCCAGCGUACGCGCCUCACUGGGCCAACUGUUCUUCGAAUUUGCCUUUCUGACGGCCACGAUGGCCCAGAAGGCGCCUGCCUGAGCGUGCUUGCUGAUCCCUCUCCUCGCCCACGGCGUCUUCGGCGCGACCGUGGCGGCGGAGGUCGACCCUCAGCAGGACACCGUACUCUUGCAGCUCGGCGCGGACGCCGCGAGCUUCGACCUCGCCCGCGUCAGUUCCCUGAAGGACGUGUCUACAGGGGCCUCCUUUUGGAGCCAGUUGGGGCAGGACAUCGAUGGCGAAGCCUCAGGCGAUCUCAGUGGCCAGUCGGUGUCGCUGAGCAGCGACGGCAGCCGCGUGGCCAUUGGAGCGAUGUACAGCGACGGUGCUGGGCAAGAUUAUGGUCACAUUCGCGUCUUCGGGCUCUCGGCCAGCAGUUGGAGCCAGGUGGGGCAGGACAUCGAUGGCGAAGCCUCAGGCGAUAUCAGUGGCCAGUCGGUGUCGCUGAGCAGCGACGGCAGCCCCGCGUGGCCAUUGGAGCGAUGUACAGCGACGGUGCUGGGCAAGAUUCUGGUCACAUUCGCGUCUUCGGGCUCUCGGGCAGCAGUUGGAGCCAGGUGGGGCAGGACAUCGAUGGCGAAGCCUCAGGCGAUAUCAGUACGGCAGCCGCGUGCCGCGUGGCCGUUGGAGCGAUCAUCAACGACGGUGUUGGAUCAAUUCUGGUCACGUUCGCGUCUUCGGGCUCUCGGGCAACAUUUUGGACCCAGUUGGGGCUGGACGUCGAUGGCGACGCCUCAGGCGAUUUCGGUGGCCAGUCGGUGUCGCUGAGCAGCGAAGGCAGCCGCGUGACCAUGGGAGCGCGAGCCACAAAGACGGUGCUGGGCAAGACUCUGGUCACGUUCGCGUCUUCGAGGCACCGACGCAGGUACCUUCGCCAGCGCCGACGCCCGCGCCCUCGACUUCGCCAGCGCCAGCGCCGACGCCCGCGCCGACGUCGGCACCGACCCUGGCACCGACGCAUGUAUCUCCGCCAGCGCCGACGCCCAUGCCAUCGCCUUCGCCAACGCCAGCACCGACGCCCGCGCCGACGUCGGCGACGCCAAGUCCGACGACAUGCCCGACGCCGAGCCCGACGCCGAGCCCGACGCCAAGUCCGACGACAAGCCCGACGCCGAGCCCGACGCCGAGCCCGACGCCAAGCUUCGACGCCAAGCCCGACGCCGAGCCCGACGCCG